UGCAAUGUGGGCCAUAAUGUAAUUAGUUAACAACUUUAGUGAAUUUUUAUUAAUUAGUCGAUUUUUGAUCUAAAUUUUUUUGUGCAAGUAUUGUCCACCACUUCAAGUAGACCGGCUCACGAACUAGGAUUGAGCUAUCUGCCACAGGUAACCUUUAAAGAUUUUUGAAAGUGUUCGCUGAAACACCCUGUAUAUGCUAAUUGUGCAGGUUGCGAAAUUUAUAUUACAUACUUGAAGCAGAGAGAGGAAUUUUCCACAAACCAGUGGAAGCGGGGAUGGCACGUGUAUAAAAAAGGGCUUUGGUAGCACAUGUUCACUGUACUAAUUUAGUUGCUUUGAUCAGAAACUAUUUGACAAAUUAGUUUAAUAGUUCAAAAGUACAUUGCUGAAUUUUGCAAAUGAAGACAUCUUGUUUGCUGCUUUGCUUGAAAAGCAUGGCUUCUAUAUAACUUUCUUAAAAGUGCCAUAAAGCUUUUAGAACUGUUAAACUGUUAUAAAGCUAGAUCUCAUUUACGUUACGGUACCAUAUGUACACAAGUUGCUGUGCUCAGGCUAAACACAAAGUGAUUUUUCCGAGGAAUGCAUAUAUGACUCUACAUGUGCGUCAAAUAAAAGCCCACGUCGUCAGAAUGUGUCCAUGGGAUCCUCUCUAAACACACACACACACAUACUGACACACACAUAUUGACUGCCUGUAGGAGCUUAUUAAUACACAUCAUUGAGUGACGUCACUGAAUUGCGUUAUACGGGCCGUUUCUCUCUUCUUUUUUUUUUUUUUGUUCUACUGUCAGCGCGCAAAUACACGCACGCACUACACACCUGUGGUCGGCGAUGAAUUUACAGGCCUAGAAAGUCAAUCCCUCUCGCGUCAAAUUUUGGCCGAGGUAUUCAAAAAUGAGAUGACUCGCAUGCGGUCGAAUAACGUGCCGAAAUCCAUUCGCUCAGGCAAAUUACGUUCAACACUAUAAACUAAAGACAAAGGACGGAGAUGGCGUGCGUGUAUUUGGCCUCAUAUUGUUGUAACAACUUAAAUCUCGCGCAGAGCUGAUCAACCACGCAUGUCACAUUUCACAGCGUUUAGGGAACAAAUACAAGAUCGCACAUCAUCAGGCUCAGCGUGAGGUAUAUUUUAUAAGCGAAGCCCGUCCGUUCCGCGCGUUCAUUGACGCGAUAUAUGGUGACGUGACGCAAAUUAACUUUACCUUCUGUGGGCGAUAUAAUAUGCAUGGCAAGAUAUAUCGGCGCAGAAAAGGGGGCCUACGGUGAACUAUAUUAUCGUAUUCCGUUCCGCACAAGCCAGCGGGCCACAUUAAAGAAAGAAAAGAAAUGAGAGCUGAGAAAGACACAUGCAGACACCACCAUACGCGGACCGAGACACGAUAGACACCACAUCGUUUGGCAAGGUUAGGUUUAGCUAUGGCCCCGGACCAAAUUAUCUUUUUCGGAGAGCACGGCAGUGGAGUUCGCGGGAGCUGGUACCAGCUGCAGGUAUACGUCGGUUCACAUGUCUCGCACUGUUAAUUAGAGCGCAGCAGGCGCAGCGUGUAUAAAUCGCUUCCCGGCCGUGCCGCACGUACGCGAUUAUCGCUAGACUUCUGUUGAGGAAGGCCUGCUGCUUCCGUAGCAUGUUACACGGGCGUCAACACUUGUGGUGCACUGGCUCAACAACGUCGACGGGCCCUUUUUUUUUCUCCUUCUUUCCUCUCCUUUCGUUCCAUAGCGUAGCUGAAGAGCAGAGGCACAACGGCACACACAGCAAGCAGACAACGCAAUCAACAAAAACAUAACGGGUUUCUUGCCUACCCUCGAAGCGGCGUGCUACAAAAUUAUUUUCAUGACGCAACAUAAACCGGUCGCUUGACGCAGUUACAUUAUCAGUGCACAUUGUUUAAAAAGAAAGUGUCGAUCGCGAGCAUACCAUUCAUGUGAUUGGUCCGCGUUUUUUGGUGCACUAAAAUCCUGGGUUGAGAAUGUCUUCCUGUUUUGUCGUAAUGGCGGACAAUGAUCCGUUUUGAGAGUGUAUUCGAAAAAGAAAAUCGCAGUCGUCUUGUAAAGAGUUACGAUGCUUCGUCUGGAGGAGCAGUAGUAAGAAAAAAAAUAAUUUCACCAUGACUAACUCGCACGGAGUGGUACAGGUAAGCCAGUCCCUUCGCUGUCCCGAUCAUAUGACAUGAAUUGGAGGUUACCCGCUUCUGCUCUGGUUGGCAACCACUUUAGGCCUAAAGAGCGCGGUGCUCACGUAUUCCUGACUUGGGCGCCAAUGUUAACAGCCCCGAGCGUCGGCAAGUGGCCCAGAAACGUCGCGGCGAGUUCUGGCUUGCACCGUAUAGACGGGUGGAAAUGCUGAACGUCUCACCUGGAUACCACCUGACGUAAAUGGUGCUCCGUGCAACGACGGGUCAUCAGUAUCGGUGGCCGGAGGCCCGGGGCAAAGCGUGAGCCCCGGCCCAGCGGCAUGAUGAAUGGCGAGGGCCCCAGCGUGCCCAUCACUACGCUCGCCGGCAUCCAGAGCAUCACUGAGCUGCUCUUGGAGUUGCCCCUGCCGUCUGCUCUGCCUGGAGCAGGCCCAGCUCGAUCGCUGCUGCCAGCUGCUCAGGCUGAGGAAGCCCGACGGGCACUGGCCAGUGAUGCUCGUCUCCUGCCCCCUCUGGUGGACGCCUUGGCCCAAGUCAGCGCCGACCAUGUGGAACUCAAGGAUGGCGGGGAUGGUGCCUUGCCACCCCAGGGCUGCUCCCCACUGUUGCAACUGCUGGUGGCACGAGGACUGUUCAAGGGGCCACCGCCCUGGCAGCAGCAGCAGCCGGGCUACAGCCCUGCUCAGCUGUGCUCACCUGCCGAAGGUCUGGAUGGGAGCCCAGGCUUCUUCCCGCCCACCCCGUUCACACCGCACCCGCCACUGCAUGACCACUCAGUGGCUGGCAUCCUGGAUGGGACACCUUUCUCGCCCCAAGUGCCCAAGCAGCCACCAAGCCAAAACUUCUACUCCAACGGAAACUGUGUGACCCCGUGUGACAAGCGGACAGAGUCUCCUGUGGUGCACACCACGGUGCAGCAGCAGCAGCCGCAGCAGCCGCCACCGCCGCCGCCGCCGCAGCAGUGCCCUGUGCCGCCAGUGCCAGUGUGCCCUGUGCCCGUGCCAUGUGCUGGUGGUAGUGGCAGUGCUAGUGCUGGUGGUAGUGUGGGAGUGCAAAAUGCCGUGCCACCCUCGCCUGUGUGUCCACCUGUGGAACGUGCAAACAGUGUUCCUGUUGUGAGCCCACCCGGACAUGAGGUUUCUAAGGAGCCUCCGAAAGAGUGUGUGGUCAACAAUGUUGAAAGUAGUAGACCCAAAGCUACCCGAAGGUCAGCGCAAGCUUCACCGGCCAAGCAGAGUGUGCAGGAAGCCACACCAAAGACUGCACAUGCAUCAAACAGAAGCAAGGUUGUGAGAAACUCUGUGCGUGAGAACAGCCGAAUUCAGUCAUCUGAUGAUGAUGAUGACGGUUCACAUGUAGUGGCUCGAAAGCGACCUGCACGGAAGCAGAGGGAGAGCAUUGAUGGCAAGACAGGGAAAGGAAAUGAUCGACGCAAUUGCCACCGACCAUUGCCAACUAAGGAGACGUCGAGCAUGGACAUGUACGCCAGUUCUUUGAGUGAGCGAGUGAAGAACAGGCGCAGGACCCACCAAAAGGCCAAGUAUGCCGAGUCUCCAGUGCAGUCGCACCACAGUGAGAGUGAGCACUCUGCAUUUGAACCUGACGAAGAGCCAAGUCGAGUUGCUCCACAACCCCAGCCUGUUCGGGAAAAACCGAAGGUAAAGCCCAAGAAGAUCAGAAAGGAACCUGUCCCCGCACCACUUUCUGCAGAGGAGCUAAUGGAGAGCAAUACGUAUCAACGCUUCUCACGCACUGUUGAAGCCAUCUUUGACUCCAUGGAAGAUCUCGACUUGACUCAAGAGUUGGAUGAUGAGGUUGAAUGCCCUCCAGAAGCACUAGUGUCCGCUUCAUCUUUGCGUCAGCUGUGCAAUGAAGCGGCCAAGCUAAAAAUUUUGCAAGCUACAAACCAAGUGCCACCAGAGCGUCUUGUCCGCUUGCUUUCUAUACUGGAACGGAAUGUAGUGGAUGGUGCUAAGCUCUGUCCUGUGGACCAGGACCAGGAAGAAGAGGAUGACGAAGGCCGCCUUUAUGCUGAGCUGACCAUGGAACGCAUUACACGAUCUGCAGAUGCUUCCUUAACUGCCCUGUACAUAAUGACUUCAGCCAGCAUGCCUAAGCGGGUCUUUUUGGAGGAUUUGAUCGAGCGCAUUGUCGUCUUUGCUAAGUUUCAAAUUCAAAACACCAUCUACCCAUUGUUCGACCCAGUUUACAGGGUGGACACUCGUGGAAAGGAAGGCUGCAAUGCGAGGCAGAAGCGGGCCCAUGCUGCCCAGAAAGUGAAAGAUCGCUCCGUGGUCCAGCUUUACAACAAGCUUCAUGAAUUGGUGGGGUUGCUCGCAGAACUGUUGGGCUUGCAGACGUUGACCGACACAUUGAUCCUCCAGGUGUCCACAUUGGGUGUUGGUCCAUUUUUCGUUGAAGGUGUCAGUGAGCUUCAGCUGCAUGCGCUGCGCUUGGUAACCACAAUUUUCGCUCAUUAUGAGAAGCACCGGCAGCUCAUUUUAGAGGACAUCUUGGCUUCCAUCGCACGCCUGCCCACAAGCAAGCGAAGCUUGCGCAACUAUCGCCUAAACUCUGAAGAGUACAUACAGAUGCUGACAGCCCUUGUUCUUCAGCUGAUCCACAGUGUUGUCAGACUUCCAGAAGGAUCUCCUGUGCCAAGAGACUUGGCAGAAUCCAGUAAAGACAAAACAGCAGAGGGGAAAGACAAAACAACAGCAGUAGAUGCAGAUGUCUUGAUUGUAACGUCUUAUGACGCAGCUGUCCACACUGCUGCCAAUUUUCUGUCUGUGUUUCUACGUAAAUGUGGCACAAAAAAUGAGGAUAUGGACUAUAGGCCAGUGUUUGAGAAUUUUGUCCAGGACCUGUUGACCACAGUCAACAAGCCUGAGUGGCCUGCAUCAGAGCUGAUCUUAAGCCUUCUGGGGCGACUGCUUGUUCAGAACUUCAGCAACAAAUCGCUGGACAUGUCGCUGCGUGUAGCCUCACUUGAUUACCUCGGAGUGGUUGCUGCUCGACUGCGUAAAGAUGCUGUGAACAGCCAGAUAAAGAAGGAAACUGUGAAGGACAUUCUCCGUCAGAUUGAGGAGGAUGAGGAAGAGGAUUUGCCUCUGACAAGCCUUUCCAAAGGUGCACGGCCAAUGGAUGAGACUCAGCUGUUGCAGAGGGCGCUCCUUCACUACCUUGAUGCCAACCUUGACAGUGACCCGUCACUGCAGUUCUCAAGACGCUUCUAUGUGGCACAGUGGUAUAGGGAUGCUAUGGCUGAGGCUAAAGCUGAGAAGAAUCAUGGUGAUGAAGAAAAAGAAAGCACUAAGUCGCCAAGCAAAGCCAAUAGCCGUACAAGCAGAGGCAAGGCAAGCAGGCGAAAUUGUGAGCCAGAGGAUGAUGAUGAAGAAGAUGAAAAGAAGCCCACCGUGCGAAAUGAAGAGCAGCAAGCCAAGCUUGUUGCCAUAGUGGAAGAGCGGAAAAAGUUUCUUCUGCACUUGGCAAAGCCUCAGGACUCUGGUAGUGGCCUAAAAUCUGAGCAAGGCACAUUGGACUAUGCCACUGCAGAGCUAAUCUCGCGUUUUUUGGCAUCCCGACGGCCGUUCUCGCAGAGUUUUGAUGUGUACCUUACUCAGAUUCUGCGAGUACUCAGUGAAUCCGCAGUUGCUGUGCGUACCAAAGCCAUGAAGUGUCUCACACUUGUGGUUGAGGCAGAUCCAUCGAUUCUGGGCCGGCCAGACAUGCGUCAAGGGGUGCAUGGGCGCCUCCUUGAUCAUUCAACAAGUGUCCGUGAAGCAGCUGUGGACUUGGUUGGGAAGUUCAUCCUGGUACGACCAGAGCUGACGCACAAGUACUAUGACAUGCUAACAGAACGGAUUUUAGACACAGGUGUAAGUGUGCGUAAACGAGUCAUCAAAAUCCUCAAGGAUGUGUGCCUUGAACAGCCAGAGUUUGAGAAAAUUCCAGAAAUAUGUGUGAAGAUCAUUGGUCGUGUCAAUGACGAGGAGGGCAUCAAGAAACUAGUUGGAGAAGUGUUCCAGAGCAUGUGGUUUACACCUCAGAAUAGUGAAGAGAGGCUUCUACAAAAGGUGCGCCAUAUCACUCAUGUUGUAGUUGCUUGUCGCGAGAUGGGACUUGACUUGUUUGAACAACUGCUCAGUGGCCUCCUGAAGGACCGCGAAGAUGGGCAACGCCGAGGUGUAUUGGAGUCGUGCCGGCAGAUUGUGGACUGCCUGGUGGAACGGCUACUACGACUUGAAGAGGGUGCUGAAUCGUCACAGCACUUGGUAGCCUGUCUUGGUACCUUAUAUUUGUUCAGCCGCAUUCAACCGCAGCUCCUAGUGCGCCAUGCACACACCAUCCAGCCAUACCUAAGUAUGCGUGUAUCAGGGCCACAGGACUAUCAAGUGCUGCAGCAUGUCACUCGUUGUCUCGAGCUGGUGGUGCCUCUGAUGGAGCACCCAAGCGAAUCAUUUCUAGCACAGAUUGAAGAAGACCUGGCCAAACAGCUUAUUCGCAAUGCCAUGGCCAUCCUUCCAGCCAGUGUAAGCUGCCUCAGUGCGGUAGUGAACCGUGUGACACACAACUACCCAUUGGUGCGUGAUAUGUUUCACAAGUUUUUUAUGCUGUUGUGUUUGGUGCGGCGGCAGCAUCGGGCCGGUCGCAACUACUGUCGCCCGAGUCUCCAACGUUGUGUCUACACACUGGGCCUGCUGUGCCGGCACUUUGACUUUGAACACUUAGAGCCUGCACCAGAUAGCACUGCAGAGUCUGUCACUGCUGAAGAUGCUGACCAGCCUCUAAAGCAUAGGGUCUUCGCAGCCAUGAUGUACUUCACAGAACAUGAAGAUGAGGAUAUUCGGCAGCGUGCACUGACAGGCAUUGGCUUCAUGCUUGUGCGCCAGUAUGAUUUGAUGCUAGGGCCCGAAAUCAAGGAGCUGUACAAGCACCUGCUGGCCAGUCCCCUGGCAUCAGCGGCAGCAAGGGUGCAAGUGCUCAAGAACCUGACAGCUUAUCUGAUGGAAGAAGAAGCCAAGAUGAUUCGUAGAGAUGCAGAGUGGAGCAAGCUAUCCAAAGGGGAGAACUUGAAGGAGAUGGGUGAUGUGUCCUCUGGAAUGGCCAGCACAGUUGUGCAGGUCUACCUUAAGGAUAUCCUGGCAGCAGCUGCUCACCCGGACCAGGUCGUCCGUCGUGCUGCAUUGCAAGUGUUGCAGCUCGUGUUGGGGCAGGGCCUAGUGCAUCCUGUGCAGAUGGUCCCACACCUUGCCUGCCUCGGCUCCGAUGAUGAUAAGCUGCUGCGUACCAAGGCCGACCAGUUGCUGCAAGACUUGGAGAAGAAAUACCCGGGCUUCGUUCAGAUGAAAGCCCUGGCAGGCAUGCGCCUCUCGUUUGAAAUGCACCGAACUUCCCAGCUGGGCUCUCUCGUACGUGGGUACCGAUGCCCAGAUGCCCCUGUCAGCCGCAACGGCUUCCUCUACUCCGUGCUUCGAUCAACCAGGCAGAGCAGACGUGCCUUCUUGCUGGCUCUGCUUAAGCUCUUUGAUGAACAAGCAAGGGUGCCUCUGGCAGAGCUGCUUUAUGUGGCUGACAAUAUUGUGUACUUCCCAUAUCAAGUGCAGGAUGAGCCACUGUUUGUCAUGCAUCACAUUGAUGUCUUGCUGUCCGUGUCAGGCUCUAACCUGUUGCAAAGCUUUCGUGAAGCAUUGUUGCCUCGUGAGGGAGCCACUCGGACAGAAGAUGAAGACGAGGAAGAUGAUGACCUGGAUGCUCUCAUAGCAAGGCUGCCAAGAGAUUUGGAACCACUCCAGGAAAGCAUGCAAGCAGCACAAGGCUGCAUCUUGCUUCUCUUUGUAAAGCAAACUCUAAAGGAUACGUAUGGUUUUACAGACAGCCGCAUUCAGCAGUAUUCUCCCAACGAAGCUGCCAAAACGUACGAGAAGGCCCUCAACCGGCGUUCGGGGGUUCGGUUCAAUCCAGAGCCGACGGUGCAGUUUUUGAAAUCUGGGGACGAAGAACAGACCACUGGAAAAGAGCUCUGCCGCCGCUACCUCGAUUUCAAGCAGCUGAUGCUGACCAUCGACCCAGACGACGACGAUGAUGACCAGGAUGCGGGACAGCCCCGACCUGCAGCAGCUGUUGCAGCCACUGCACCCUCUUCAACCACAGAAAACGGUGCUGCUCCAAAUGCUGCUAGCACCACAACGGCUACGGCCACCCCCACCACGACAGCGCUGCCCACAGUCGCCGUGGCCACUUCAGUGCCACGGCAACGGUUGUCAACGGCUGCCGUGACCCAUCGUGGCCGGCCUUCAGGUCGGACUUCUAAAGGUGCUGCUGCAGUGAGUGACAAGGCAAAGAAAAAGCCUCGCAAAAAGCGGAAGCGGGUUAUCUGCUCCGACGGGUCGAGUGACAAUGAGGACAGUGAUCCGUCUUUCUGUGGUGAUUGACUGUGUGCACGUGGUGGCUGUACCGGACUGGUAUACGUGCUUUUGUAAAAUGGGGCCUUGUACAGUUUUUGGGAAGGGUCGUGAAGUCUAUUUUGUAGGGUGCAAACAAUGGCAGAGGCGGGAGACUAAAAAGACAAUUGCUCUCGUCAUUCUCUCCGGUGCAUUGUUUUUCUCCGCGGGACCAUCACCACAUGCCGCGAUCUCUCCUCUCAUCUGCGUCCUUGCCUCGGGUGGUGUCUGCAGCAGUCGGUCUUGCUCUCCUAACUUAUUUAUUGUAGACAGUCAUUUCAAGUUUUACUUUCAUGUGGCGUCUGGCUGUUGAGCCCUCACAGGCCAAGUUGCUUGCACACUCUCACCUCCUGAUCUGUACAUUGGCAACUCAUCCUCCACUGUCAUCUGCAAAGGCGACCGUGUACAUAGGACGUGUGUGUCUCCCUUGCUUCCUUAAUUCGCGUCCCACAUUCUUUUGUAGAGCAUCAAAAGCUAACAUGUUUGCAAACAAAAUAUCAUGUACAGGUUUAUGAAGGUGAUGAAAGCAACCAUCUUUUCAGCAGUUCACCUAGUUCAUUUCUUGUCUCACAUUCAGUUCAGUAUUGAAAAAGCUGUUCUAACUACUGCUAAGGAGCUUGUUAUAAAUAUUUCUAAAAUGAAACGCCCACACUGGCUUCAACAAAAUGCAGACAACUGGAGUUUCUUUAAGGUAAUUGAGACUGCAGCUUUCCUUGUUUUUUCCCAUUUAAAAGAAAGUUGACUUAUUUAUAUUUUUUUUCUAUGUAUAUGACUUCAUGUCUACCAUUAAAAAGGCACUAUUUGACAUA